AUGGAAGGUUCGGAAAAGUCCUCCGGGGCUGAAGAACGCCAAUAUGAUACCGAAAGCGCCAUGACCAUCAUGGGCGACGAAACACCCCGCAACGGAACUCCCGCCAAAGCUAAUGAUUGGAGCAUGCUGUCCAAGCUUCAGGGUGACAAUGAACGGGCCCUCGCCUCAGGGUUCAAGAGACAAGAGCUGGGUGUCAGUUGGAAAGAUCUUUCCGUACAGGUCAUCAGCUCCGAGGCCGCGGUCAACGAGACCGUGCUCUCGCAGUUCAAUAUUCCCACUAAAAUCAAAGAAGGUCGACAGAAGCCUCCUCUACGCACCAUUCUCAACAAAAGUCAUGGCUGCGUCAAACCCGGUGAGAUGCUGCUUGUCCUGGGCCGCCCAGGAGCCGGUUGCACUACCUUGUUGAAGAUGCUUGCGAACAGACGAGGAGGAUAUAAGUCGGUGGAAGGUGAUGUUCGCUUUGGCUCCAUGCAGCCAAAGGAGGCCGAAGCCUACCGAGGCCAGAUCGUCAUGAACACCGAGGAGGAGAUCUUUUUCCCAAGUUUGACGGUUGGUCAAACCAUGGAUUUCGCCACUCGCCUCAAGGUUCCCUUUAACCUCCCCGACGGCAUGACAGCCGCCGAGUACCAAGCAGAGUCCAAGAAAUUCCUCCUGGAAUCAGUCGGAAUCUCCCACACCGAAAACACCAAGGUUGGCAACGAGUAUGUUCGUGGAGUCAGUGGUGGUGAACGCAAACGUGUCUCUAUCAUCGAGACCAUGGCCACCCGAGGCUCAGUCUUCUGCUGGGAUCAGUCAACACGAGGUCUGGACGCCUCCACUGCCCUUGAAUGGGCCAAGGCCAUUCGCGCUAUGACCGACACCCUCAACCUCGCAACUGUUGUUACCCUCUACCAAGCUGGUAACGGAAUCUACGAUCUUUUCGACAAGGUUCUCGUCCUCGAUGAAGGAGAGCAGAUAUACUACGGUCCCAGAGAGCAGGCUAGGCCCUUCAUGGAGGAAAUGGGCUUCAACUGUCUCGAGGGCUCUAACGUUGCCGAUUAUCUCACUGGUACCACCGUUCCCACUGAGCGCAAAAUCCGCGAAGGCUAUGAAAGUCGCUUCCCUCGCAACGCCGAAGCCCUCAGAAUUGAAUACGAGAAGUCGCCCAUCCACGCUGAGAUGAUAGCAGAGUACUCUUAUGCCGAUUCCGACGUCGCCCGCGCACGCACCGAGGAGUUCAAACAAGGUGUGGCCUUUGAGACUUCCAAGAAUCUACCAAAGAACAGCCCCUUCACUGUCGGAUUUGUCGAUCAAGUGAAGAUUUGUGUGCAGCGUCAAUAUCAGAUUCUCUGGGGUGACAAAGCUACAUUCAUCAUUAAGCAGCUGGCCACACUGGCCCAGGCUUUGAUCGCUGGAUCUCUCUUCUAUAGUGCACCCGACAAUUCGGGUGGCCUGUUCGUGAAAUCUGGUGCCCUUUUCUUCUCCCUUCUUUACCAGAGCUUGUUGGCCAUGAGUGAAGUAACCGAAUCCUUCUCUGGCAGACCUGUUCUGGUCAAGCAUAAAGGAUUCGCUUACUUCCACCCCGCCGCCUUCUGCCUUGCCCAAAUCGCUGCAGAUAUCCCUGUUCUGCUCUUCCAGAUUUCCAUCUUUGGUCUAAUUGUUUACUUCAUGGUGGGCCUCACCAUGUCCGCCUCAGCAUUCUUUUCUUACUGGAUCAUCAUUUUCACUACUACAAUGGCAAUGACUGCACUCUUCCGUGCUGUCGGUGCUGUCUUUUCCACAUUCGAUGGCGCAUCGAAGGUUUCCGGAUUCUUGAUCAUGGUCACUGUUUUGUACAGUGGUUAUAUGAUCCCCAAGCCAACCAUGCACCCCUGGUUUGGAUGGAUUUUCUGGAUCGAUCCGAUCGCUUAUGGAUUUGAGGCUUUGCUGAGCAUCGAAUUCCACGGGAAAGACGUCAUUCCCUGCGUCGGCAACAACCUGAUUCCGACUGGUCCUGGAUACGAGAACGUCCAGGCGCACCAGUCCUGCGCCGGUGUGAAGGGUGCUAUCCAAGGCCAGAACUUUGUCACUGGUGACAACUACUUAUCCGCCCUUUCAUAUAGCCAUUCUCACCUGUGGCGUAACCUCGGCAUCAACUGGGCCUGGUGGGUGUUGUUCGUCGUUCUCACCGUCGUUGCUACUAGUAGGUGGAAGUCUCCUUCCGAGGCUGGCAACACCCUGGUCAUUCCCCGAGAGUACCUUCACAGACAUCUCAAGAACCAACCCAAAGACGAAGAAGGCCAGGUUUCUGAGAAGAGGGUUACUGAGGGUAAGAAAGAGGAGCCUGAGAAUCUCGACAACCAGCUGGUUCGCAACACCUCGGUCUUUACUUGGAAAGAUCUGUCCUACACCGUUUCCACCCCCACCGGCGACCGAUUGCUUCUCGAUAAUGUCCAAGGAUGGGUCAAACCUGGUAUGCUGGGUGCUCUCAUGGGUUCAUCCGGUGCUGGUAAGACCACCCUUCUUGAUGUUCUCGCCCAACGCAAAACCGAAGGAACCAUCAAUGGUUCAAUCAUGGUUGACGGUCGCCCACUCCCCGUCUCAUUCCAGCGUUCGGCCGGCUAUGUCGAGCAGCUCGACAUCCACGAACGUAUGGCGACUGUCCGUGAAUCAUUGGAAUUUUCUGCAUUGCUCCGCCAGCCUGCUACUACCCCUCGCGAGGAAAAGCUUGCUUACGUUGACGUUAUCAUUGACUUGCUGGAACUUCACGACCUGGCAGAUACUAUGAUCGGAAGUGUUGGAGCCGGAUUGAGCGUUGAACAACGCAAGCGUGUCACCAUCGGUGUCGAACUGGUUUCUAAGCCCAGUAUCCUUAUCUUCCUGGACGAGCCUACCAGUGGUCUUGAUGGCCAAAGUGCUUACAACACUGUUCGUUUCUUGCGCAGACUCGCGGAUGCAGGCCAGGCUGUCCUGGUGACUGUCCAUCAGCCAUCAGCGCAGCUGUUUGCCGAAUUCGAUCAACUUCUUCUGCUUGCUAAGGGUGGUAAGACUGUUUACUUCGGUCCUAUUGGACAGAACUCUUCUGAGAUCAAGACUUACUUCGCGCGUCACGGAGCGCCCUGCCCUCCCGAGACUAACCCUGCCGAGCAUAUGAUUGACGUCGUUUCUGGCCAGCUUAGCCAGGGUAAGGACUGGAGCAAACUUUGGUUGGAGUCCCCCGAGCACAGCGCGAUGCGCAAGGAGCUCGAUGAGAUCAUCUCGACUGCCGCGGCCAAACCCGAAUCUACCCACGACGAUGGUCGCGAGUUUGCAUGCACCUUGUGGGAGCAAACUAUGCUUGUCGGGAAGCGCACUUCCACCGCUCUAUACCGAAACUCGGACUACAUUAACAACAAGUUCGCUCUCCACAUCUCAUCCGGUCUGUUCGUUGGCUUCAGUUUCUGGAUGAUUGGAGAGUCAGUCGCCGAUCUUCAAAGUGUUCUAUUCUUCAUCUUCAAUGCUAUCUUCGUCGCCCCCGGUGUGAUUGCCCAGCUGCAGCCUACUUUCUUGGAGCGCCGAGACUUGUUCGAAGCCCGUGAGAAGAAGGCCAAGAUGUACUCGUGGAAAGCAUUUACCAUUGCUCUGGUCGUCUCCGAGUUCCCUUACUUGGUUGUCUGUGCCGCCCUCUUCUUCAAUUGCUGGUACUGGACCGCUGGUAUGGCUGUUGAUUCCAGCAAGAGUGGCAGCAUGUUCUUUGUCUUCUUCCUCUACGAGUUCCUGUACACUGGAAUUGGUAAAUUUGUCGCUUCUUACGCACCCAAUGCUGCCAUGGCUGCCAUGAUUAACCCCCUGAUCCUCGGUACAAUGAUCUCCUUCUGCGGUGUCUUGGUUCCCUAUGCCCAGAUUGUCAGCUUCUGGCGCUACUGGAUCUACUGGCUCAACCCCUUCAACUACCUGAUGGGUAGUAUGCUGGUAUUCGGCCUAUUCGACCGCAACGUCGAAUGCACAGACCAAGAGUACGCCCUGUUCAGCCCGCCCAGCGGAUCAACCUGCAUCGAAUAUCUGGGCGACUACAUGCAGACCAUCGGCGCUCGCAUGAACCUCGUCAACCCCGAAGCAACCUCCGACUGCCGUGUGUGUCAGUACACCCGCGGAUCCGACUACCUGGUGACAGUCAACCUCAACGACUAUUACUAUGGCUGGAGAGACACUGGAAUUGUGGCUCUCUUUGUGAUCAGCUCGUACGGGCUGGUCUUUGCUCUCAUGAAGCUGCGCACUAAGGCCUCCAAGAAGGCUGAGUAA